GCAGGGGUGAGAGAGGGAUGGGCCCUCUGGUGCCAGGGGAUGGAUCAAGCCCAGGGAGGUGUUUGGGUUUAAUCCCCCCUGCCGGGCACAGAGUUCCCGGCCGGGAGCUCACGGUGUCGCCCAGCGGGCCCGGGGCUCACGCUCUUCCAGAACGAGUUCUUGGCCUUACACAUCCCUUUCUGCCCCCCAGCCUCCUAGGCACUGGGGAGAUCAGCCUCGUGUAGAACCCCUGCAGGUGGGCCAGGAGGGGUGAGCCCCCCCCCGCCGAGAUUCGCUGUUUCCUACUUGCAGUCCUCUCCGGAUCCAGAUUCCCAUCCUCUGUCUGUGCCGAGAAGGGGGAGUUCGUCGCCUGGGGUGACCCAAGGGAGCAGAGAUGCCUUAGUCGGAGAAGGAGCGCAGGGCCCAGAAGCGCAGGAGAGACCCCUCCCCAUCCUGGGGGCACCAGGGUGGGCGCUGGGACUGGAACUGCCCCGAGACGCGGCGCCGGCUGGAGGAGCUGUUUUUCCGGGAGCAGGAUUACAUCCGGGCUGGUUCUGAGGACAGCCGCCAGUUCUGGGCCUUCUUUGAGCGGCUCCAGCGCUUCCAGACCCUGAAGGCUGAGGGGGAGCCGGCGCCGUGGGCUCCCCCGGCCCAGGCUGACCCCUCUGCCGCCCUUGGGCUGGCUGGCGUCCCGCAGGAGUACGACCCGCGCUAUCGGAUCAACCUGUCAGUGCUGAGUGGGAACGUGGAGGAGCUGGUGCAGGGCAGGAGCAGGGGUCCGCGGCGGGGCCCCGGGGUGCCGACUGAGCGGCUCUCCCAGUUCCGCGCUGGCCUGCUACAUUACCUGGACUUCACCCAGAAGCAGAGCUUUGCCAAGCUAGCCAAGCUGCAGCGGGAGCGGGCGGCCCUGCCCAUUGCCCAGUACCGCGACCAGCUGCUGCGGGCUGUGGCCCAGAACCAGGUGGUGGUGGUAGCCGGCGACACGGGCUGUGGCAAGUCCACACAGGUCCCCCAGUACCUGCUGGCGGCUGGGUACAGUCAUGUGGCCUGCACCCAGCCACGCCGCAUCGCCUGCAUCUCGCUGGCCAAGCGGGUGGCCUUUGAGAGCCUGCACCAGUAUGGGGCUGAGGUGGGAUACCAGAUCCGCUUCGAGAGCAGCCGCUCCCCGGCCACCAAGAUAGUCUUCCUGACGGAGGGGCUGCUGCUGCGGCAGGUGCAGCGCGAGCUGGCGCUGCCUGGGUACCAGGUGCUGAUUGCCGACGAGGUGCACGAGCGGCACCUGCAUAGCGACUUCCUGCUGGGCGUGCUGCGCCGCCUGCUGCUCACCCGCCCUGACCUCAAGCUGGUGCUCAUGUCGGCCACCAUCAACAUCCGCCUCUUCGCGGGGUACUUCGGGGGCGCACCCGUGGUGCAGGUGCCCGGGCGGCUCUUCCCCAUCACGGUCGUCUACCAGCCCAUCCCCCAGGAGGAGGCGGCAGCGAGUGGGAAGCCGGAGCGGCUGGAUCCCCAACCCUACCUGCGAGUGCUGCAGGCCAUCGACCACAAGUACCCGCCCGAGGAGCGGGGCGACCUGCUCAUCUUCCUGAGCGGGGUGGCAGAGAUCGGCGCCGUGCUGGAGGCGGCCCAAGCCUACGCCACCCACAGCCAGCGCUGGGUGGUGCUGCCCCUGCACAGCACCCUCUCCCUUGCCGAGCAGGACAAGGUGUUUGACAUGCCCCCCCCUGGAGUCCGGAAAUGCAUCGUCUCCACUAACAUCGCCGAGACCUCGGUCACCAUUGAUGGGGUACGCUUCGUGCUGGACUCUGGGAAGGUGAAGGAACUCAGCUAUGACCCCCAGGCCAAGCUGCAGCGGCUGCAAGAGUUCUGGAUCAGCCGGGCCAGCGCCGAGCAGCGGAAGGGGCGUGCGGGCCGGACGGGCCCUGGUGUCUGCUACCGGCUCUACGCUGAGUCUGACUAUGAUGCCUUCGCCCCCUAUCCGGUGCCGGAGAUCCAGCGCGUGGCGCUCGACGCCCUGGUGCUGCAGAUGAAGAGCAUGGGGCUGGGCGACCCCCGGACCUUCCCCUUCCUAGAACCACCCCCCCAGUCCAGCCUGGAGACGGCCGUGCGCUACUUGAGGGAGCAGGGGGCCCUGGACGGGGCCGAGAGCCUGACGCCCAUUGGGAGCCUGCUGGCCCAGCUGCCCGUGGACGUGGUGAUCGGGAAGAUGCUGGUUCUGGGCGCGCUCUUCGGGCUGGCCGGGCCGGUGCUCACUGUGGCAGCAGCGCUGAGCGUGCAGUCCCCCUUCCUGCGCCCCAUGCGCGCCAACCCUGACUGUGCCACAGCCCGCCGGCCCCUCGAGAGCCCCCAUGGCGACCCCCUGACGCUGCUUAACACCUUCAACGAGUGGGUGCAGGUGAAGUCGGAGCGGGCCGGCGGCUCCCGGAAGUGGUGCCGGCGCCGGGGGCUGGAGGAGCACCGGCUCUACGAGGCGGCCAACCUGCGGCGCCAGUUUCAGGAGCUGCUCUGGGACCACGGUCUGCUGGAGGCAGUGCAGGGGCCGAGGGACAGCUAUGCCCGGCAGAGCCGGCACCGGGAGCGCCGGGAGCUGCACCGACUGCGGCGACGGCACGAGGAGACGGAGGGGCGGAAGCGCAAGGUGCUGAAGCUGCAGGGAGGGGAGGCCGGCUCCUCCAGCGACGAGGGCGAAGGUGCCUGCAGCGCCGGGCCGCCUGGCGUCGAUAUCCAGGACGUCAAGUUCAAGCUGCGGCACAACGUGGACGAGCUCCAGGCUGCGGCUGGCACGGCCCUGUCCUCCCACCAGCUCGCCCUGCUCAAGCUGGUGCUGUGCAGGGGUCUCUACCCCCAGCUGGCUGUGCCCGACCAGUACAAUAGCUGCCGCAAGGACUCUGACCAGAUUUUUCACACCAAGAACAAGCAGGGGAUUGUCCUGCACCCAACCUGCGUCUUUGCCGGCAGCCCGGAGCUGCUGCAGGCCACAGAGGAGAAAGCAGAGCCCAGGAGGAGCCGAGGUUCCCAGGAUGGGUUGAGCAGCCGGCACCAGCUCCUGGCCUUUGUCUCCCUGCUGGAGACCAACAAGCCCUACCUAGUGAACUGCCUGCGGGCACCGGCCCUGCAGGCUCUCCUGCUGUUCUCCCGCGCCUUGGACACCAAUGCUGAUUGUACGCGGCUGGUGGCUGACUCCUGGCUGGAGCUUCGCGUGUCGGACAGCGCGGCCGCCCUGCGUCUGCUCUCCUCAGCCCUGCAGCUCCGCGCCGCCUGGGAGAGGCUCCUGAACCGGCAGCUGGAGGGGCGGCAUGGGGAGCCAGGGCGCGGGCCAGACCCUCGGAAAGUGGCGACGCUGAGGCAGGGGCUGCUGGACUUCCUGCAGCACGAGGUGCAGUACAGCCUGUGCCGGCUGACGGCGCUGGAGAAGCAGAACCUCUACGUGGGGCCCCAGAUGGUGGCGGCCGUGCCCGGGCUCCCGGGGCUGUUCCAGGGGGUGGAGAUGACGCCAGACGAGGAGAAGGGCGGCUACAGGGUGACCGAGUUCCUGACCUACAACUGCCUCACGAGUGACACCGACCUGUACAGCGACUGCCUGCGCAGCUUCUGGACCUGCCCGCACUGUGCCCUCUACAUGCCCUUCACCCCCCUGGAGCGCAUGACGCACGAGAGCGGCUGUUGGCCCCAGCCCCAGGAGGCUCCCCCGGAAGAGGCCACUGAAAGUUCAGCCAAAGCCACUGCUCUGCAGAGACCUUAUCACUGCAAUGCCUGCGAGCGGGACUUCAUGUUCACGUCCACAGAGAUCCUGCGGCACAGAAAGCAACACCAGUGAUGGCCAAGGCUGUGUCUGGGCCUAGCCCUGAUGGGAGCCUAGUGGUCAGAGCAGAGAGCUGGGAGCCAGGACUCCUGGGUUCUCUCCCUGGCUCUGGGAGGGCAGUGGGCUCAGCUGAAGGCCAGGACUCCUGGGUUCUCUCCCUGGCUCUGGGAGGGCACGUGGUCUUGCCCCUACAAAGCAUGGUAGCCCAUCCUGGCUGCACUGGCCGGACUCGCGGUGCAUGGUCGGGUGGGAGCUGAGUCCUGCAGCGUCACUCCCUUGCUGACUCCCAGGUUAGUUCAUUAUGAGUCAGGUUGGUGGGUUUGUUAUGGGCAGGCAGAGACCCCCUACCCGUGGGUCUUUCAAGGUAUUGCUUCGGUGCCGGUUGGACUGGGCCUGUCCAGUGAGACCAGAGGCCCUGCUCCCCCUGGCGGGGACAUGUCUCGGGUGUUUGUACUUGUGUGAAUAAAUGUCCCUUGGCCGAGGAGCGCAGCCCCCGAGAUGUGUCAGAAUAGGGGGCCCGGGCUGUUCAGGGGUGUCUCUGAUAUGCAGCAGGCCGGAGGGAGUGGCACAAUAGCCCCUUCUGACCCCAGCAUCUCUGGGUCUGACAGCCCCAGACAGGGAAACUCACCAGUGCUAACAGCCGCUUUGCCCUCUGCGGCGGCGGCUGGGGCCAGGGGCUGGAACCGUCGCGUGGGCGUGGGGCAGCCCAUACCUGAGCCCUGUCUGGCUCAGUGCAGCUCAGUGCCCUGCAGCCCCUGGAACACCCCCAUUCUGCGCCUGGUCUCUGCAGCAGCAUCGGCAUAGAUCCACGCAGCUGCGUUCGUCCCGGCAGGGAGCAGGAGUGGCAGUGAGCGAGGGCCUGGGCAGGAGCUGGAGCUGGAGCUGGAGCUGGGUGGUGCGAUGGGACGCGUGGCAGAGAUGGGCGCAGCAGGAAGUCAGGAAGGCUUAGCUGGAGCCUGGGGGUUGGGGGCUAGGAGAGUCCAAGAUGGUGCCCAGGUUACAGGCUGAGUGUGAAGGCGUGUGCAUGCGGGUAUCUCCGUGAGAUAGGCAUGUUCACAUGGGCAGCGUGCACACUCUGUCCAUCUGAGAUUGGACUGUGGACGCACCAGGAGACGGAGGCGCAGCCCAGCCAGUCGCUGGCUGAGGGGCUGGCUUCUCUGCCUGCCCAGCCGGAGCUGCUACCUGGACUUCGCGUGGCCACGGGGUGGCAGCCUUGCUCUGUGUUUGCAGGAUUUUCUAGUGUGUUCCCAGCUCCUGGUCUGAGCUGUCCACGCAGGGUGGAGAGACAGGGACCUCCUGUGUUUGUCAGCAUCCUCAUUAGUGAUGGGUCACCUGUUAUUUAUUACAUAGAGGCUUUGACUGAGAUUAGGGCCCUGUCACGCCGGGCACUGCUGAGACCCUGACUGAGAUCAGGGCCCCGUCGCACUGGGUGCGGCCCAGACCCCGGCCGAGAUCAGGGCCCCAUCAUUCCAUGCGCUGCCCAGACCCUGACCGAUAUGAGGGCCCCGUCGCGCCAUGCGCUGCUCAGACCCCAGCUGAGAUCAGGGCUCCGUCGGGCUGGGCGCUGCCCAGACCCCAGCUGAGAUCAGGGAGCCAUUGGGCCGGACGCUGCCCAGACCUUGACAGGGCCCCCCGGAGCAGUGCAGUUUACUGGCCUGGCUCCGAGUUUGCGGUAUGAAAGAGGGAGUGAUCACAGAGUCAUAAAUGGCUGGCAGGGUCUUGUACCACUGGCGUGUAGCCAGGGGCUGGAACAAUGGAAUUAAUUCAGACUGGUCCUUUGGACAAAGCAUCACUCGAGGCGGGGGGACGGGGAGCGAAUGCUUUACACAGAGGGGAUGAGCUGGUGAGCUUAAAAGUCAGGACUCCUGAGUUCUAUCCCCAGCUCUGGACAGGUGUUGAGUCUAUAGCCCUGUCCUGUGGCAGGUUCACACUGGAGGUUUAUGACCCUCUGCUGGCUGAGGAGAUGGGGGCUAGUCCUUCGGUGCCCAUGGUCCCAUCUGCUGUGUGUCCCUAUGCCUCACAGGUCUCUGGGGAGGUGCCUGCCAGGGGGUUGUGUGUCUUGGGGGCAGUUGGCCCCAAUGCCCGGGGGUCACAAUGGGGAGAUGAUCUCUCUCACCCUCCAUCCAUCUCAUCUCCAGCGCCAAAUUCAGUCAAAGGUUUAGGCAUUCAAGUGUUAUUGAAUCGCUGAAGCUGUUCCAAAUAGCCUAUCGCAGCUCGGACAGCAGGAGACCCUACCAUAAACAAUCAUGUAAACAAGGCAACCCACGGAACAAGCCCACUCCACUUCAAGAAAAAUGCCCCUCUUUAAAUGCAGAGGAUUGCCCCUGUCAGAGCCAGGUCCCAAACAUCCCGGGGGGCAUGUCUCUCUUCUUGUGAGCGAAGCUGCCGCGUAGGAACAGAGAUCAAAUGAAUCCAGCAAUCGAUCUGUAAUUGUGUCACAUCCUGCCCUGUGCUGGGGAAUUAAUCGGUCUGUCGAGGUUAAUGGAAUGUCAGUUAAUUUCUUAGCGUGCGAUUGCCAGCGCUGCCUGGUAAACGCUUAUUGAUUUCAACACAAUUAAAGAUAAACUGAGCACAGGUGGGUCCGGGUGGCAUCAAUGCCACAGUGACACGGAGGAGGAAUUGGAGGAGGAAAUACUGGCUGUGUCGGUGCCACUGAGUGCACAAGUGGCAUCUACAGGUGUUUUCAAAGUGUGGUGCGGGGACAGAGCAAGAGAGUCUGCCCUGGAGAGGGCCCCACCAAAAUGACAAAGACAGAACCCUUGUCUCUCUUGCACAGCUGAGGCCCAGAGAGAGAGUGGCAGCAGGAUUUUCAAAUGAGCGCAGUGCUCUUUCAAGUGGCCACAUUGUCCAGAGGUCUCAGCAUGCUGGAUGCUGCUGCUUUUUGGAGAAACGGGCCCAUGAUUUGGUACCUGAAGGGGAGAGGGGCUCUUCUGCCAAGCUGCCCCAAAGUGGCUGCCCUCGGUCACUCAGCAGGGGAGUUGCAGAGCAGGGAUUUGAAGUUGGGUCUCCUGAGAUGCCAUCCAGUGUUGUGUGCCCAGCCACCCACCCAUCCUGAUUCUGAGUGCAUUGUACAUACAGUGACAGCUUGGUUAGCCAGCUGCCUGUCUGCAGAGACAGGAUGUCCGAUCAGACACUGCUCACUCCCUCGGGGAUGGCAUCUCCCAGUUGCGAAGCCAGCAGCUCCUCUGGGCCAGGCGCGUUAGAUAGUUUAGUCUCUUCAAACAGACUCCCAGCCCCAUGCAUUGGAGGGUUGUAGAGCAGGGCUGGGCUCCUCAUAACUGGAUAUACCAAUUAAGACUGGAGCCAGACCCAGGCCUCACAGGCUGCUCUCAGACCGGUGUAAAUCCAGUGUGACGCUGCUGAAGCUGGGGGCAUUACAUGGCCAUAUGUGACAGCAGUGCCCCCUGCCCCUGACAGCUGCCCUACCUGACUGCAAUCUUACUAUUCCCGGAGAGAAGCGAGGUGUUCUGUGCAGCCGGCCGGCCUGCGAGGGGGCAGGACAGGCAGCCAUGCAGGAGUGUGUUGAUUUUCUCACAGCCAGAGGGGACAUCCAUGCUGUGGCUGAGACACGAUAAAUCCUUCGCGUUGUAAAACCAGCCAGCUCCUGCUGUUUAAUUCGCCAUGUGCAGCUUUGCAUCCAAACUCUGCUGCGAUUACAAGUGGAGAGCAUUUGGGAACCAGGCAGCUUGGGCUGGGAUGGUGAGAGCCGAGCGCAUUUGGAACUGCUCUUUAACGACAGAUUUUUAAUGAUGAUGUGACAUUAAAAGUCCCCAAGACAGGAUGUGGUGCGGGGGUGCUGUAGUAUGAGAUUUACAAACCCUCUUGUGCUAAGUGUUUAAAUGGUGGAAGCUCUGUUCCUGCGCAGUAAUUAGGGCAUAAAUUGUAUUUAUAACUCAUAAACAGAAAUGUCACCAGUUUCAUGAACUGAGGCUUGAGAUAAUAAAAGGAUAUUGUAGUUCCU